CGCCUUCUUUUUGCUGUGGGUUUGACCAACUUAGCAGCGCUUUUAAAAUCAGGCCGUGUUUACCAAAGACACACUUCUAUCGUUCCAGUUGUUGCUGACGUUCACAAAGCUGUUAUCAUGGUCCAACAAAUUAAAGAUAAGGCUGAGUUCGACACUUUGCUGUCAAAGGCAGGAAAUAAGCUGGUGGUGGUGGACUUCACAGCCACAUGGUGUGGCCCCUGCGUGUAUAUUGCUCCAUUAUUCGAGAAACUGGCAAAUGAAAACGCAGAUGUGAUUUUCGUGAAGGUGGAUGUGGAUGCUGCAAGAGAUGUGAGUGGUGCCUGUGGUGUUAGAUGUAUGCCCACAUUCCAAUUCUACAAAAACGGAGAGAAGGUGCACGAGUUCUCUGGUGCAGAUGAGAAGGAACUUGAAGACAAAGUGAAAGAACUCAAAUAGACUAAAGAGUCUGGGUCCAAUCUACACAUAACCACAUUAUUCAAACCCCAAAGUCAACUGUUACCCAACUGAACACACCUAAGCAGCAUAAUCAUUAUUAUCCCACACAGGCAAUAGUCACUACCUGACAAAAACCUGCUGUCUCACUUCUUACUUCCUUAACUUUUGGCUAAAUAUCAAAUUUCAGUCUGGUUAAAACUUUUAGCCUUAUGCUGUAUGCUAAUGGACAGAUCACCUGAGAACCUCUGUAGGUUUUGUUUUAAAUAAUGUGGAAAUAAUAAAUGAAUGACUCUCA